AUGGGCUAUGACGUCCUUGUCACCUGGCAGGCGACCCUCGCUGACGCUGCCCUGAGGCCUGCCAGCAAGGGGCCUGGAAAUGAGUCUAAUACUGUGGAUGCGCUUAACGAGGACGAGAUUAUUUCCAUGGCUGACUCGACCACAACCAUUGACGAUAUUGAAGGGGAGCUCUUCAAAAUCGAGAGGAUCAGGGAGAUCCUGGUGAGGAGGGAAUCAGAGCUGCGAUACAUGAUGGAUGACAUUCAGCUUUGCAAAGAAAUCAGUCGUCUGAAAAAGGAGCUUCAAAAACUCAUAGCCCUUCCAGAGACCGAGAAGUCCAAUGAGGAGAAGCAGAGGGAAGAGGAGCUGGUGCAGCAGAUACACAAGCUGGUGGAAACACGGGAUUUCCUGGUGGAUGAUGUGGAAUUUGAGAGGCUCAGGGAAAGGGAAGAAGACAAGGAAAUGGCAGAAUUCCUGCAAAGCAAGCUCUCCAAAAGCUACCUCCAGAAAGCAACUCCUGUCAAAGAGAAGAAAAUGACUUCCAGGGGGCAGCAAACCUCCGCGCCGUAUAUGACCAAAACGGGCCUCACUCUGCUCAAAGAGUGCUGUGGUUUCACUUGUUCCAUCAUGUAGGCCUGCCCCAAGCUCCUCUGCACAGAACAUGAUCACGGUCUCCAGACAGAGUCCACAACUUGCUCUCUUCCGAGAGUUUUGACUUCCCGUCAUUGUUCAUGCUUCCCACUGCAGCACCAACACCGAAGAGACUUUCCAAGCAGGCUGGUGCAAGCUUGGAUGAUGGCAUGUUUUCUUGGUGCCGCAUCAACAGUCGUCGCCUUCAUAACACCAACAAACACCGAAUUCCACCCAAGCUCAGCUUGGAAGAGGCAUGUGCAGCAGCGGCAAGCAAGUCCAUGACAAAGAGGACUGGUGCAAUUCUUUACCUGAACAGAGUAAUAAAACAAGCACUGGGAGCUAAUGUUCAGAGAACACUGUGCUCCAACAUCUAAAAAAUGCUGUGGCCUUGCAUGAGCUCUCAUCCUUGGCCCUUGUACCAUCUUGUUGGGUCUCUUUUCUAUGGGCUGAUUCCAAAGGACUCGUUGUGGGGAGUGUCUCUGUUUUGCAUUUUGUUGUGUUUGCAUCAGUUUUAAUGCAAGGUGCUGGAUGGUUCUGAGUAGAGCUGCGGAAACGGGAAAGGACAGUCUCCACAAGCGGCUGAAUGAAGCGUUAUUUCUUGUAAAGUUACUACCUGAGCACGGACCUGCUGUGUUGAAGUGUGGCUGGAUGAAUUGAUUUCCCCACCUCACUGCUACUAGAUUUAGGGAAAAUUAGAGUAAAAGGGAAAAUGAGAGGAAUUCAGGAGAAGAAUGGGACAAAGUGCAGAGGGAAAUGAAAACCAAACAGGAGACUAAAAGUGUGGCAAGGAAAGCUGGAAAGAGCACAUGAGAGACGCUCUGACUAUCAAAGAGUGUCUUGCCCUACAGUUCCCCAGCCAGCACCUCUGGACUUUGCGCCAUGAGCUAGACAUGAAGCGCUAUGUGAAAGAUGCACAAUGCUCCAAGGUCGCCCAGUGUUGCAGUUCAUGCUGGCCCUUGUGAACACUCACCUGUGUCGCAAUGGCACAGCUAGAGCUGCUAAUGCCCAUUUUGGCAGGACAGGGGCUCUCUAGCUGUCUGUGAAGCUCCUGCACUGCAUAGUCUUCUGUCCUUUAGGAUAGUAUGGUUUCACUGGGCGGCCUGGGGUGGCCGCCGAUGUGGGUGGCUUCUCAAGAGCUCUGAUUACCCUUUGGCAAAAAUGCUGAGGCCAUCAGCUCAGUCCUGCUGCAACUCACUGUAGUGAUGUGUUCCUGCCUGGGUCACUGUCCAGUGUGCCUAUGCAGAUGAGCUGGUCAUAUCCCACGUGGCUCUUUUCAUUGUGUCUGCUGCUAUAACACGUUCAUCCUCAUAAAACGCAGCACAGGUGGGAUCUUUCCUUUGUGCGACACUGUAAGUAGGUCUGAGUUCCUCCUGCAUUUAUUUAUCAGCACUGCUGUAAGACCCAGUGUGUGGGACCCACUUUCUAACUUUUGCAAGGGGUUUCUCAUUUACUUUUCCUUCCUGAGCAAUCUCUUCCCCAAAUGGUUUUUAUCAACAGUCAGGAAAAGUCCACAAACUCUAAAACAAUCCCUCUGCACACUCACAGGACCAGAUGUGAGGCCCAAAUUGGCUAACAUGGUACCUGGUCAUCUCCAGCAAACUUGACCCUGCUGUAGUUCGUAUCACUUCUGAACUGACUUCAGUGGUCUCAGUCUGGAGCCUGCUUUCAUUUUGUGUUGCUCAUUACUAACGACCUACAGCAUCUCACAGCCACUGCUUGCUGGUUCUGGUCCUCUCCUUUGGAGUGGCUUCUCUUCAGGCUGGAGGGAAGGUUGGAAAGUGCUGUAGAUAGCAGAAGUAAAUUAAGUCACAGAGAGAUCCCCUCUGCUUUGCUAACCCAUCUAACCGAGAGAUGUGCCUCCACAUUGUAGAGCACACUUGGAACUGUUGCCCAAGCAGGAGUGGUGAGUAGUGUCACAGGCCAUGAUUGGUAGCAUCCGGCCUGCAGCUGAUGGGACAGAUUGGGCCACUUUUACUGCCUGCUCUUCUAGACACUGUCCAGUGACUGCUUUUCUCCAUCACUCUGCAGUCACCCAUGUGGUGCAAUACGGAUGUUUGCUUUGAUCUGCAAAGACCAGUGGUUGGAGACCUAAAAGACCCCUGCUGUCCUUGCCUUCCCCAGGAUCUUAUUGGGGAGAAUGAAUAACUAAGCUGGUUUGCUUAGAUUGGGAUGAGAGGGAGCUGAAAGCAAGGAAAGGCCUUUAAUUCAAAGCUUGCUCUCCAAGGUGAUCCUUACCUCUACCCUACAAGAUUUCAGCUGCUGGAGCAAUGCUUGAGUGGACAGAAAGGAUGGCUGGGGAGGAGAUAGGGAGAGUCCUGACCUGUUCUGUACUGUGUUUGCUGGUUGUAUUUGUGUAGCUGGUCAUGGAGAAGGAGACAGGCUGCUGUCCUCGUCAUGCAAAAAUAUUUGGCCUGUAUUUUAACUGACAGCAAAGGUAUGCAGCACACAGGAGCAACGCUCUUUCAUGUGCAUUUAUUUCAACCCAAACAAAUAAAUGUCUGUUGGAAGUUAAGCUUUUUAGAUAUUUUCCCCUGCCUGGGACCUUUGCAGUGAGGCAUCUCAGGUUGUGUCAGAGCAGGGUGGUUAAAGUGAAAAGAAACAAGAUCCUGAAAAGUAAGGCUGGAUUUUGGAGUUCCUGGUAUUGCAGGACUACAGACCAGCUCCUGCUGCUGCAAUAAGAUAUAUAACCUGCACCUUUCUGGCUGUUGGCAUAACAUUUCUCUUUUGGGCCAGGCUGAAAAAUCUUU